AGUGGAUGAGAGAGAGGAGGCAGCGGAGAGAAGUGGACCUGCACCGGCUGCUGGAUAUAUCUCUUCCACCGGAUAAGUCAUCAUCAGUUAUCGGGUCUUUCUGCUCCAGUUUAAGGUCUUAAAACAAAGAAGGCGGCGGAAACACCGUGUUAUCAGCUACUUAAACGCUAGAUUCCCUGAUGGAUGCUGCCGGUGAAAGAUGACUUGACAGUUAAAACUCGCUCUACCUCUUCGCAUGAGACACCGUAGCGAUGGUUCAACCCCUGUGCGCAUAGCUCUCUCCCCUCGUUGCUCUGCCACCGUGGACUUACCGAUUGGGUUCAGUAUUUGCCGUUGAAGGAGCCCUUGUUGUCUCUGAGACCGAGAUGACGGAAAUCAGCGAAAAGGAGAACGAACCACAAAACCGGGACCUGCACCGACCGCAUGCUACAGUUCCCAGCCAUCCCGAAUCAAAGUUGCAGCGGUUGAAGCGCUCCCUGUCCUUCAAAUCAGUCAUGCGCAGCAAGAGUGUGGACAACUUUUUCCAGCGCAGUAACGGCGAAUCCCGCCCUCCCUCAGCCCUCAUCACCACACCCCCUCCCCCGCCAUCAUCGCCUCCCCCCUUCUCUGAAUCCCCCCUGGCCUACGAGCGCUCUCCCUCCCAUUCCCCGUCUGUCAGUCCAAACCCCUCAUUGUCAUCACACUCGCCUUCUGUCAGUCCCUCGCUGUCCGUGACUUCCAAAACCCAGCUAAAGUCUCAGGCCCAGCCGGUGCAGCCGGUCAAGACCCACUGUUUCCAAGAGCACGUCUUCCGUAGGCCUACCAGCUGCCAGCAGUGCAAACACAUGAUCCAAGGGAACUCCAAGCAGGGGCUGCGUUGUAAAGCCUGUAAGAUGGCGGCCCACCUCUGGUGCUCGUCUGAGCUCUCCCAGCAGCCCUGUAAUGGGAAGACGGGAGCUUUCAAGAGAAACUUCAGCUCUCCUCUGCUAACCACUGAAGUGUUGGGUGUGGUCAGAGAGGCUCCUGCUGCACAGGAGGCAGAUAAUGGCAUUGUUGACCCCGUGUAUGAAGCACUGCGCUAUGGGACGUCGCUGGCUCAGAUGAGUCGCUCCAGCUUCAGCAGUAUCUCAGAGUCACCGUGUCAUGAGGUAGUGCCCAAGCGCAUUGAAGUUCACUCCAUCCACACCUAUGUGGCUCUCUACAAGUUCCUGCCUCAGGAGAAGAACGACUUGGAGCUACAGCCUGGUGACAGAGUUCAAGUCACAGAUGACUCCAAUGAGGACUGGUGGAAGGGGAAAAGCAGAGACAUGGUGGGAUUGUUCCCGGCCAACUUUGUGCAGCGGGUUCGCCCUGGUGAGCGUGUGUGGAAGGUCACCGCUGGUUUCCAUGGCAACCGAGACAAAGGCCAGAUGACUGUAAAAGAGGGCCAGAUCUGUGUGGGGAAGAACGAGGAGAUUGACGGUUUCCUCCGGCUGAGCAGCGGGAAGAAGAGAGGCUUGGUCCCUGUGACGUGUCUGCUAGAAAUAUGAUGGCGGCGCUCUUCUCUUUGACCCUCAGUUUGACAAAGAAGUUCACUACGAUGGAGGAAUACUCAGGAGUGUUUACCCAACACCUCACUGACCGCCAACCACCCACCUCCACCCCCUCCCGAAAAGUGGCAGUGAUUUAGCAGCUUGACGUGGACGACCCACAACUUUGCUUUUACCUGCAGACGAUUUUAAGAGGUUAAGACUUAAAGGAGGGGACGGGGAGGGGGCUCCUUCAGAGUUCUUUAAAGCUACUUUUUCCUGUAGCACAACUUUACUUUGUGUGGUUUUAUACACACUCACAACAGAAAUGUAGCACCGUGUUGAAGAGGAUAGUGUGCAGGAAGUCUGGCUACCUCACUAGCCAUUUCCAUUGGCCACCUGUCUGCGAAAAAUAGGAGAGGACUACCUUACUAUGAUGUCAAGGCGUGUCCAAGCCUAAGGGACUUUGUGAGCAAACUGUCUUCAUUUCAUUGUUUGUGUGUUAGAGAAAAACAAGACAUAAGAGAUUGUGACAGAUUGUAGCUGUUUAUCGUAGUGGCUUGUGCAAACACUUUUUGGUUGGUUGUUCAAAACCCUGGACAGAUUAGGUUUAAUAGAUUCAGAUAAGGGUGACGAUCUGGUUUUAUAUGUGCAAACAUGCACCUCACAAUGUACACACGUCCACUGUUGUAAUAUGGAUUCAUGAUGUGCAUAUGUGUCACAAAAUGAUUCAGGUAUUACAUUGUGUGUAUGUAAAGACAACAACAAAAACAAAGUCUCUCUCUGCUACAUCUUGGUCAAAUGAAAGUCACAAUAACACACACAGACAAACACACACACACACAUACACACACGUACACAAUCAUAGUGGGGUUUCUGUAUUUCAGACUGCUCUCCAGUGAUUAGAUUACUGUACAUUUGUGCUCUUCACAGUUCUGAUGUGACAAAUGCUUUCCAUGCACCUUGGGGAGCUUCUUUCUCAGUAUGCCCUUCAAUCACUCUUUACACACACUAACACACAAAGAUUUUUAUAGUCCACUCUGUUCCACUCUAAAAUCCACCACUGGAAUCUGCUUCCUGUCAUUAUAUUCUCAGCAGUGUUUAUCUGUAUGUAAUGUCCUGUAAUAUUCGCUGUCACAUCUGGUUGUGUACUAUGACAUGAGGAUGGUGCGCUGUCUUUGACUUUCUAAUGUGUUUUCUUUUUCUUGCAUGAAGGAGUAGAGCAAAGAAAUACUGUAAUUCAGGAUGAUGGAUAAAAAAACCAAACUCAGCGUUGUUUGUCAAAAACAGUGGUGAAGGCUGUCAAACUUUCAGUCUCUCAGAGGGUCAUGUUCCAAACUUAAGCUGUCAAAGAUUUGAUGACUGGCUAAUGUUUCUCCCAGCACACAUGAUUCAUUUUGAGUAACUCUGAGGGAAAGGCAAAAUCACCACACACCAUUUGAUUUAUUGCUCUGUCAUUAUAAACCAUAAGGCAGUGACAAACUGCCUUUGUUGUGGCAAUAACUGUAAAUAAAAAUAUGACAGUAUUUGUAAAUAGCCUUAUAAAGAUACUGUAUAUAUUGGUUCUGAAUAGCACCCUGACCAAGAGGUUUGCAGCUAUCCAGGAGCCAACAAAGGGCAUUAACUUCACAGUAAUAAAUUACAGGAGAUUAUGGUUUAUUGUCCCAAUUACCAAUGUAUGCAUCAUUUUGCUCAAUUAACAUCUAGCCCUGUCAGCACAAAUCUUUUCAAAUACUAUGCACAACAGUUCUAGUCACUCACUUUAUUUUGUACUCCGCUUAUUUCCAGCGUAGCCACAAACACACACGUGUCAGUGUAUACCUGUGCUUUUGCAAAGAUUUGAAUUUGGACUCCAGCUUUGGGAGUACUGCAGCUUUUACAGAGCAUCCAUCUUGAAUCAGUCUGCACCAUACUAAUCCUAAACAUUACGUUCACUGGCUAGAACCAAGAUUGGCUCAGGAUCAGUAUUACCCAGGUGAAAUACCUUUCCCACCUCAGUGCACACUAACAGGCUAGUUCUUUGCAUGGCUAGCUGCCC